AUGUUCGUUACCGCCGUAUACAUUUCCCCGAGCCUCGCAAGGUUCGAGAGGAUCUUAGAAGAUCUGGCUAAACAUCUGCAGAGCUAUGGGGGCAGCCCCAUGAUUGUCGCGGGAGACUUUAACUCCAGAUCGACUCUAUGGGGUGAUAGGAUCACGAACCUAAGGGGACGACUUCUCGAAGACUGGGCUGCCAGCUUGGGUCUUUGUUGCAUGAAUACGAGAAUGACGAGCACGUGUGUUAGGACCACGGGCGAAUCGGCCGUAGAUGUCACGUGGGCCUCUCCUGGUCUCAAAGAAGAAAAGGAAUCAAAGGGACAACGCUGGGCUGUCCAAAAAUUAAAUAAGGACAUUUUCGAGGCAGCCAUCAUAGCGAGCUCCUGGCCGACGAGCCGUCAAGCACGAGAUAUGGAGGACUGCGACCCAAAUACCGAGACGGACAAAUUGCAAAGAAUCGCAUUAAAUGCCUGCGAUGUGGCAAUGCCAAGGGCUAAGACCCGAUUAAGGAAGAGCGUUCACUGGUGGAACGAGGUGGUAGCACUGCUGAGAGAGGAUGCCUCAAGAGCUCGUAGGGCAAUCAAACGAGCCCGCAGAAGACGAUCCGAACCUGAAGAAAUCGAAGCCAGAGUAAACGAGUACAGGACGUUUAAGAAAAAGCUAAGGGUAGCAAUCUACGAGGCGAAAGAACGCUCAUGGCGAGACCUCGUGAAAUCACUAAAUGAGGACCCAUGGGGGACUGCAUACAAGCUGGUCCUUAAUAAAUUAAGACACUGGACGGUACCGAUAACGGAGUCACUGGAUCCUCCUUUUUUGGAGGAGGUGUUAAAUACACUCUUCCCGCCCCCCGAGAACCAAGGAGAGGAGGAAUGGAGGGAAAGAGAUAGCCUCCCCAGUGUAGGUAGUGGACGCUGGGUGCCAAGCAUGGAGGUAUCCCACGAGAAGAUGCAACUCGCCGUGAGGAAAAUGAACCAAAGAAAAGCGGCGCCUGGGCCCAGCGGGGUACCGAGCCAGGCAUGGACAAUGGUGACGGAUGGACUCUUCGCGAUAAUGAGAGAGCUCUUUACGAAAUGCCUGAAGGACGGAGUCUUCCCGGAAAAAUGGAAGCAAGCCAAACUGGUGUUGCUAGCAAACCAGCCGAUGACCCCUCGGGCUACCGGCAAAUAUGCCUCCUGGAUGAGGAGGCGAAGAUCUUCGAGCGCAUUAAUGGGAUUGGAAAGGCGCUCGCGUCAAUUAAGAUGCCCUAUUACAUCCGGAGAGUCCUGCGAGCAUACCUCUCGAACAAGUACCUCAAGUACACGGACAAAAGGGGAGAGACCCAAAGUAGAAGGGUCGAGCGCGGAGCCGCAGGGCUCGGUCCUGGGUCCAUGUUUAUUGACACUGGGCUACAACGAAGUGCUGAGGAACACUGACCUCCCGGAGGACUGUGGAAUCACCGCUUACGCGGACGACACGUUUGUCUUGGCAGGGGGGCAAGACUGGCAGGAAGCUGUGCUCAAAGCCAACGAGACAGUUGUCAACGUGGUCUUCCACAUCAAAUCACUGGGCUUGAGCAUUUCAGCUGGGAAGUCGGAGGAUAGCCUCAAGUACCUGGGAGUGAUCGUGGUUAGCCGAUGGACCUAUGAGCGACAGUUCCAGGUGCUAAGUGAGAGACUACUGCGAGCGGCAGGCAAUUUGGCAAAAAUCCUGCCAAAUAUUGGGGGACCAAGUCCCAGGAUUAGACGAUUGCACGCCACUGUGCUGGACUCGAUUGCGCUGUACGCGGCUCCAGCAUGGAUGGAUAAGGUUGAGAAGAACAGGCUCAUCCAGUGCCAACUACAACAGGCCCAGCGUAGAAUCGCCUGCAGAACUAUAAGGGGAUUCAGGACGGUAAGCUUCGCCACUGCGACUAUACUGGCCGGAACACCGCCUCUGCUCCUGAAAGCGCAAAUGUACGCGAAUGUGUACGAGGCCAUGCAGAAGCUCCGCUCACAAGGAAUGAAGUGGAUUCCCCCCAGUGUGUCGGAACCGGUACGAUCUAGGGAGAGAAACAGGAUGCUCCGCAAUUGGGAAGCAUGGAUCAGAAGUCCUGGUCAAUCGGGAGGGGAGGUGGGGAUUGAACUCCGACCCCAUCUCCAAAAAUGGGCCGAAGCAAAGAUUGGUCUCACAUACCGGUGCACCCAGUUGCUAACUGGCCAUGGGUGCUUUGGGCAAUACCUACACAAGAUUAAGAAGGAGAAAUCUGCCAGGUACUGGCAUUGCCCAGCCAGACUGCACACAGCCCAACAUACGCGGGAGGAGUGCCCGGCAUGGGGAACAGAAGAGAGCUGA